AUGGCUACAUCAAUCGAGGCGUCUGAUUUCGUUGAUUGGGGAUUUGGACAAGCGAAAAAGAACAAGAAGUCGAAGAAAAAGCUAAAAGCCAGCAUGCCACCUUUAGCUUCACCACCACCCGUAAGGGAGAUCAUUUGGGACACUGAAAAGCCUGCAGAAAAGGUUUCGUAUGAUGAUGAAGACAGGUUCUGUGAGCCUGAGGCUGCGACAGAAUAUGAUCUAUCAGCAAGAGACACGGAACCUUCUCAGUCUUGCGACAUACCAGCUCCUGGUGCUAAAGAAGAACCCAUCAGCGGGAAGCCUGAUGAAUGCGAAGCGGCUGUAGAAGCCAUACCAGGGACAUCAGAUUGGGAUUUUGUGGCUGCAGCAGAGCCAUCAGUAGAUGACGCGCCGACGGAAGGCAGAUUCUGGCCAGAAGAGGAUAGUGCAGCUGCAGAAACAGAGCCGACGAGAGAAUAUGAAGAACCGGCAGAAGAGGCUAGACCUGCGGAUGAGGAAGAAAACGGAGAGCCGAAGCCUGAUGAUGGCUAUAUGCAAGAGGGGCAAAAAAUAGCAAGCCUACCAUUCAGCAGCCCGUAUAGGUUAAUGGCAUAUCUACAGCAGAUCCUCGAGGAGGCAUGUUUUGCUUGUGGACGGAAAACUUGGCCGGAAUUACUACGCAAGCAUAACUGGGACUGUGUAGAAGCCGUAUCGCUUACUAUGUGGGUGAAAGAAUUGGAGCAUUUACAGCAUACUUUCGAUAUGCAACCAAGCAGAGGUCUUCUGCAAUCAAUAGCUGAAGUCCAAACCAUAGCCAUCGAACGUAGGCCUAUCAACUGGCCAAGGAUGAAGAAGUUCUUUGACGAUGCUGUCGAGCUUACCGAGAUGUUGAAUGUCAAAGAGUAUGGGGAAAUCAUUACAGAUAUUCGACUUAAUAUUGGAAAAACAAUCGAGGGCCUGAGCCGGAACGAAGAGGAGGCACAAAGUCAAGCGGAGAAGAAUAUGCAGUGCAUUAUCGAGGAACGAAGAAAGCUAGAUGAGCGGGAGGCAGAGGUUCAAAAGGGCAAGGAAAAAAGUACAAAAGAGUUCCGGAGAUCGGCUGAACGGGAGGUUAAGAGAGUGUUAGAGGAGGCAAAGAAAACAUUAGAGACGACGGCAUUUUUCUCAAGCUUAGAGACUAAGGAAAGCUAG